AUGAAGUUCUCUAACAUGCUUAACCUCGCCCUCGUGGGCUUCGUCUCGGCCGCUCCCACGCCGACCGUCGAGGAUGAGGUCACUGGAGUCCUCGCCAAGCGCGCCUCCAUCACCGAGUCCUGCAACAUCGGCUACGCCAGCACCAACGGCGGCACCACCGGCGGCAAGGGCGGCUCCACGACGACGGUCUCGUCGCUGGCCCAGUUCACCAAGGCCGCCGAGUCGAGCGGCAAGCUCAACAUCGUCGUCAAGGGCUCCAUCUCGGGCAGCGCCAAGGUCCGCGUCGCGUCCGACAAGACCAUCCUCGGCCAGAAGGGGUCCAAGAUCGUCGGCGCCGGCCUCUACAUCAAGGGCGUCAAGAACGUCAUCCUCCGCAACCUGGCCAUCUCCAAGGUCAAGGACUCCAACGGCGACGCCAUCGGCAUCGAGUCCUCGACCAACGUCUGGGUCGACCACUGCGACGUCUCCUCGGACCUGACCUCCGGAAAGGACUACUACGACGGGCUGAUCGACAUCACCAAGGGCGCCGACUUCAUCACCGUCUCCAACACCUACCUCCACGACCACUGGAAGACCUCUCUCGUCGGCCACGUCGACACCCAGACCAGCGACAAGGGCAAGCUCCGCGUGACCUACGCCAACAACUACUGGAACAACGUCAACUCGCGCAACCCGUCCGUCCGCUUCGGCACCGUCCACAUCUACAACAACUUCUACAACAAGAUCGGAUCCACGGGCGUCAACACCCGGAUGGGUGCCCAGGUCCGCAUCGAGUCCUCCGUCUUCGAGAACUCCAGCAAGAAGGUCAUCCUCUCCGCCGACUCCAAGGAGACCGGUUACGCCACCGUCUCCGACAUGUCCUACGGCGGCGGCGAGAACUCGGCCCCGCUCGGCAACUUCGGCUCCAGCAAGGUCCCCUACAGCUACAGCCUCUACGGCAAGUCCAACGUCAAGAGCAAGGUUGUCGGUACUGCUGGCCAGACCCUCAGCUUCUAA